CCAGGGGCGGGGCUGGGCGGAGCCCGGGGCGGGGCGGCGAUGAAUGGAGCGGGCUCGCCAGCCCGGCCGGCGGCGCGAUGAUCGCGGUGUCUAUCCCCGCGGUGGGGCCGGGGGCCGAGCCCGAGCCGAGCCCGGAGAAGACGCACACGGUGUUUACGGUGGAGGUCCUGUGCAAUGGCCGGAAACAUAUCCUUGAGAAGCGCUACAGUGAGUUCCACGCCCUGCAUAAAAGGAUAAAGAAGAUGUGCAAGGUCCCAGAUUUCCCCCCCAAGCGAGUCCCCAACUGGAUAUCAAAGGUGCAGGAGCAGCGGCGGCAGGGCCUGGAGGUUUACAUUCAGGGUGUCCUGUACUACAACAAGGAGCUGCCUAAGGAACUGCUGGACUUCCUGAAGCUCAGGCACUUUCAGCAGGAUGCCAAGGCCAGCAGCCUGGACCACGGCUUCCUGCUCUCCCACCGGCCGGUUAUGAUCUUCCACAAAGAUCCCUACGUGCUCCCCUCCUCCACAGAGCUGCUGCCAGACAUAGUUCUGAGUGGUGUGUUACAAGGCUUCUACCGACCAGCAAGCUCCUGCUGGGGGAAGGCAGCCCCAAAGUGCUUGGUGGGGCCCCACAUGCUUAGCCAGCAUGGCUCAUGAGGGUAUUCUCCACUGCUCGGGCUUCACCAGCACCAUUACUGGAGGGGGAGCACUGCUUGGUUGUCCCAUUUAGGGAUCGCUCCUGUAUCUCAGUGGCUGUACCUUCCCUUCUCCUGGGAUUUGUUCCUGCCCUCCGCACACAAGGGGUGAUGGACAAAAUGGGGAGCUGCUGCUGAGCCUGGGGGCAGGUGCUUCACACACAUGGAGGUUGGGCUGAAAGCUCAUUGAGCACUUGUAAUGAACAGGACAGCUGUCAGGCCAGACCCUAACUGCUCCACCAGUGCCAUCUCUGGCCACAGCUCCAAAAAGCAAGAGAGGCCAGAGCCACAGCAAGCGGAAAUGCUGCUACCUGCACUCUGGCUGGGGGGGGGGCAGUGCCUUAUGCCAACCGCAGCAGCUCCUGCCAGGCUAGAUGGAGCCUAUGGGGGGAGGAGGUGGUGUCCCAGACCCAUGUAGAGCCCCCAGGGGAAGGGCUGGCCUCCUGCAGGAUAAAGGGAGCUGUGCAGAUGUGUAUUGGCAAUAAAUCACUCGGGUCUGGUUUGGA